GCCGCUGCAGCUGUUCGUUUCUCUGGACUGGUGCAACUGGCUCUCUUUGCAGUCUGCGCGACUGUCCCUUGGAUGUACAUAUAUAUAUAUAUUUGCCCGCCGCUUUGCUGUUGCCGCACGGCUGUAGCUCAACCGGCAGGGAGAAAGAGAAAGAGAAAGGGGGAAAAAAAAAAAGAGAGAGAGAGAGAAAACGAGUAGGGGCUUCGCAGGUCGGCGCGCCCACCGCAAACGGGUUCAAGACAUGGCAAGGCGCUGAAUUGACUGGCUGGGAGGGACGAGGACCAGACGGGUUCUCUCCUCCGCCCCUCAUCCCCCCAAUCCGGCCUGAUCUACCGUCUACUGCAACAACACAAACUUUGCAACAUUAUAAAGACAACGAAAGGGUUGGGAGAGAAAACAACACCACAUUCUAGCUCUCUCUGUCAUCUUAAAGAAACAUACUAUUCAUAAAUACAACAAACAAAAUUUUGUUUGUGAGACGGAAUCCGUGGUAGUUAUAUGAAUGUUUUUAUAAAUGAUACUGCAAUCAAUAAUGUAGCAUAGAUUUAUACUAACACAAAAGAAUUGGUUGGAGAAAAAGAUUUUGUACAUCUAUAGUAUUUUGACCCCUCUCCUUUUUUUUUUUUUUUAACAAAGAAGACAAAGUCUUCUCUUUCCACAUAUAGUCAAAAGAUGCCAGCCAAAACACCCAUCUACUUGAAAGCUGACAAUAAUAAGAAAGGAAAGAAAUUCAAGUUGAGGGACAUUUUAUCUCCAGAUAUGAUCAGUCCACCCUUGGGUGACUUCCGCCACACAAUUCACAUUGGGAAAGAAGGACAACAUGAUGUGUUUGGAGACAUCUCUUUUCUGAAAGGAAAUUAUGAGCUUCUACCUGGAAAUGAGGGAGAAACAGCAGCCAGCCAAUAUGAAGGAUGCAAUGAAUUCCUAAGGGCAAACAGCACUUCUGACUCAGUGUUUAUUGAAACUCCUUCUCCCGUCCUUAAAAAUGCCAUAUCGCUUCCUGCCAUCGGUGGUUCUCAAGCCCUUAUGUUGCCCUUGUUGUCACCAGUGACAUUUAAUUCAAAGCGGGACUCGUUGGGACCCCUGAGGAAUCCCAGGCAUAGUUGUGAGCCCGUAAUGGAAGAAAAGUUGCAGGAGAAGAGCAAACACUUAGAGAAUGGGAAAAUAUACAAAGAUGACAUCACAUGGAAGCAGAAAGCGCCAGCAUCGUAUUAUUCUAAUGGAACAGGCAGCCAUUCAACUAGCCAUUCAGAACAAUACACCAAAUGGCAAACAGAGGAGUUCCUUGACAACCCCCAUCUGUCAUGUGAUCAAACCAAGAUGCAGCCUAAAUCAGACGACCUUCUGUCAGACCUGGCAGAGCCCCUCCUUUCUUUGCAGCUUGACCUCGGACCCUCACUUUUGGAUGAAGUACUCAGUGUAAUGGACAAAAACAAAUCAUAGAACUUGCUGCUUUGUGCCCUCUCAGUUUUCUUCAAAUAAAUAUAUUUGAAAUGUGCAGACAUCAUCCAUCCAAUGUCAAGCGAUUAAAGUUGCAAUCUAAUGCAUUGCUGAUUUUUUUUUUCAGUAGUCUCACAGUGUUUUUUUGCUUAUUCAUAAAAAGGUGUCAAACCUCAACUGAUCUGAAUGAGCAAAAUUAAGUAAAUAUUUAAAUCUCAGCUAUUGAGAAUAAAUGGAAAAGAAAUAGGCUUACCUUUGGAUGGAUUGUGCCCUUUUGUGUGUAUAUAAAGAAAUUGGUUCUUUUUGCAAUUGACAUGUUUUCUAAAAACAAAUGACUUUAAACUAUUUUUUUACAUAUUUUUUAGCAUGGCAAAUGUUUUCAAAUGAGUACAUAUUUUAAUGACACAAUUUUCAGCUGUAUUAAAAUGUUUCAUUAAAACAAGAGAUGUCAAUGUAAUAUUUGAACUUAUUCUGAAAAUCAGAAAGUUUUUGAUUCUCAAAUAUUCCGUGUAUGCCAGGCAGAAGUUUUAUGAAAUAAAAAUAAUUAGUUCAAAAUUAUUUGUAACUCCCCAGAAUGAUGAAAUUCUUUUUACUAGUACUACUAUAACUAUUGUUGUUAUUAUAUUAGCAAUGUUUUUUUUUCAUUCUGGCUGCACUGUUAUUGUUUAGUGUUAAUGUAUAGUUCUAAGCUGAAAUGGGAAUGGCUUUUUCUGUUCAACAAUUAAGAAUGUGUAGCCAAUACAAACUGGUGCCACUAAAGUUAAGGGCGAUUCCUGUGCAAGCUCUUACGCCAAUACAUUUUCAGUACUAGACAAUCUGAAGAAAUAAAGUGAAGUUAAAGCUGCAUUAUUUUAUGAGCUGAAAUCUAUUUCUAUGCACAUUACACUUUUAACAACUUCUACAAACAGAAACUCUUGUGAUUGCACCAGAGAACUGUUGUUUCUUUCCCUUUUUUUGAGAAUCUGAGUAUAAACUGUAUAUUUGUGUGCAUUCACAUAAAAUCCAUAUUUUGAUCUUUUAACUUUGUCCUAUCGGUUAUUAAUAUUGACAAAUGUUUAAAAUUUUGUGAUGGAUUCUUUUACAUUUUAGAAGGAAGCACCAACUAGUUACAAUGCUCAGAAGAGGUUGUGCUAGAGCAAUUGGUAUUCAGGGACUAUUGUGAUGGCCCUGAGUUGCGUAGAUACUUUGUGCAAUACAAUAAAGAAUAAAUAUGUAAAA